AUGGUCGACCGCAUCCAAGCCAUCAUCGAAGACGACUUCAAGCACGCGCCCGAGUCCACUCUUUACGACCUCCACUCCAUCUCAGCCGGACCACACCACCACACGUACACCGACCGCGACCGCGCCCUCAUGGCCAUCCUCUGCUCCCUCCGCACUCUCCCUUUUGCCCGACAGGCACAAAACAACUGGUACCCGCAAGGCCUCCCCAUCAGCAAAGACAACAACCUCGUCCUCUACAACCACACCGUCGGCCUCGGCGUAAAGCAAACCGCCAUCUCCCUCGACAGCUUCGUCGACUUGGCGCAGUCCUGGCUCUACGUCCGAAACCCAGCGAGUCUGUCUGGUGUCGAUCCUUCUGCCAAGAACUCGUGGAAGGGAAUUGCGAAUACGCUUGCUAUGGCCGGCGUGGACAUCCGCAAGAUUGAUCUUCAGCUCUGGGAGGCGCUUACCUAUAGUCUCGAAGGCGAUCAUCUCACAGCCGCUAUCGACGAUGUCAUCGAAUGGUCUAAAGACGGCACACUGGAUAGCCGGCACGCCGCCUGGCGCGACCACGCCAUCUCAGAGACAAAAAUGGUACCUGAAUCCCUCUCCUCCGACGGCUAUCCCCCCACUCCCACCUCCCCCUAUCCCUUCACCACCCCCUCCCACUCUCACUCAUCCGGCCUCUACACCAAACGCUUCUCCCACAAACACCCCCUCGGCCGCCCCCGCUCCCUCAUCUCCGACGACGAAAAAGCCGAACUCCGCAAGGACCGUCUUACCCGCCUUACCGCUGAGGCAGCAGCCAAGAAAAUCGAAGAUCAACGUAAAGAGAAGAGGGAGAAGAGCAAGGGGUGUUUUGAUAAGGUGAGGAGGGGUUGGAGGAAGAGGAAGAGUAUGGUCUGGUUUGUGUGCUUUAUUGUGGUUAUAUUGAGUGGGAUUAUGGGCGGACUGGUUUGGGCUAUGGCGAGUGGGAAAUUGGAUUUUACGCCGGGUGGGGAGGGUGUGUAG